AUGGGAGGGAUAGAUCGGCAGCGGAGGGUAUCUCUGGCUCUUACCUUGAACUUCCUCGCGCUGAUUCUAGCCGUGACUGCGUUGACUACCAGCUACUGGUGUGAGGGGACACGGAAAGUUGCGAAACCUUUCUGUACCGGACCGUUCACCACGAAACAGUCGUUCUGUAUCAGGUUCAACAGCUCGAACAUUAACGACAGCAGACUGGUCCAGUACAUCUGGGAGUCUGGCGAGGACAAGUACAUUAUGAGGAAGUUCCACACCGGGAUCUGGUUUUCGUGCGAGGAGAACGUCAAUAUGACUGGUAAGAGAGAGAUGGUGCUUUCAAGACAACUGGAAACUCGGGGGAAAACGGUCAAAUCAUGACGUCAGUGAUUCUCAAGAUGGAAAGUCGGAGCUCUAGAAAGAUGCCAGAUUUUCCGACAUGGAAUUCCUAGUUGGAUGACCAGCUUGUUUUUUUCCCAAGUUCCAAUUUGUCUUGAACGCACUGAAGUCGGAAGUCGGAGAUUUCCGAGUUCCCAGUUGUUUUGAAUGGGGGUAGAGAAGCUAAGAGAACAAAACUUUUUUGCGCGCAGAGAUGUGACGCACCUGCACGCAUGUAUAAACAUAAAGGAAAUAGUCUCGUUUUUAAAUGUAAAGUUAUAAUUGGCUUCUCACAAUCAUGGACUAUGCAAAUGUAUGUAUUUGUUCUUGUCUUUUGAGCGAAAUCAAAUGACCAUAGUUGUUCUGUGAGCUGUAUAAGGUAAUAUGUUUGUCAUUUUACUGUUAAAUUUAAAGAGGAAAUAUGUCAUUAAAACAAUAACAAAGUUGAGUUAAAUAGCUGAGGGAUGGGGCUGGGAAAAUGUAACCACUCUCAAAUUCAUAGACAGAGCUAUGGAAGCAAGGGCUGACCAUCCAUGAUAUAAACAUUAUAGUUUUAACCAUGUUUUGAGGCUGUUUGUUUACAUUUACAUUAUAAACGUUGGAGUAAAACAAGUUUAUAAUGUGAGUUCUGAUAGGGUAUGACAAUUUAACUAAGCUCAUGAGGAAUGUAUAAGUUAUACUCUUCAAGAGUCAAUGGGUAGGCCUAUAUAUCAUACAUUUACCGUUUAAAAGAAAAUGAAACAAUCCCUCCUUGAUUAAUUGAAUACCGACACUGUGACAUAGUUGCAUGUGUUGCAUGUGAAGGGUUUUUGGAGCUAUUGAUGGAAUGACAGUGUCCAUCUCUGAAAUUGCACGUUCCUUCAAAAAUAUUGGAUAGCCUAAGUGAAAGAUUACACUCAACAAGAGCAAGAAUGUCAAGCGUGAGAAAUUACAUCGACAGUUCACAAUACAUUUCUAACAAUAGACCUAUUUUUGAACGGAUAACUGUUGCUGACCGAUCAUCGGAUUUAAGAACACACAUUUAAGAUUCUGAGCCCAUUAUGGAAGAAAAACAGAGAAAUUCUGAACAGAAUGGAUAAAAUAGCCUACAGAUUUUUACAGUCACGUAAUUAUGUAAUGAAUUAGUCUGCAAACAGUCUGAGAAUUGGACGGUAAUUCAAUAUGUUUGGUGUCAAUCUUGUGUCACUGGGGUGGCCAACCGUCGUCCCGAAGAGCUGCUGGGUAUGCUAUGCAUGCAGGCUUUUUCUCCAACCCUGCUCUGUUACACACCUGAUUCAACGUCCUGCAGAGUAGUAGAAUCAGGUGUGUUUCAACAGGGAGGGAGCAAAAGACUGCACAGGUUUAGCCACCUUAGAAAUAUGAUGACUGAGUGUUUGACUGUAUUGUUUUUGAUUGUGUGGGAUAUUCUAUUUCAGGUGAAAACUGCAGAAGUUUCAUUUAUGUCACACCCUCACAUGAAAGAGGUAGGUUUUGUGUAAUAAUGUGUUAUUACAUUGUAAUUGAUGUGUUAUUAACACAAUUUGCUAUGCAUCUGUAAAUGGCUAUAUGGAUGUUUUAUUUUUUCAAGAUUCCAGUCAUCUCUCAUAUCAGGAAUUGCAAGUGCAGCUCAAAAGGUGCAAAUUGAACCCAGUCACUUAAUAAUCAUAGAGUAGGUUCACAUGCUUAAGGCUUAUUUGGAAGUGUCAAUUGAAAAGUGCAAACCUAACAGAAUUGAAGAAGAGUAGAAACACUGCGUUGUCCUGGGGAGCUACUGGGAUUGCAGGCUUUUGUUCCUGCCCAGCAUUAACACACCUGAUUCUGCUAAUCUAGGUCCUGAUAAGCAGUUGAUUAGUAGAAUCUGGUGUGUUAGCUGUGCUGUAGUCACUCAUUCAAAUCCAGUAGAGUUUGGACUUCUAUAGUUCUACAAAGAGGAUGAGAGGAUGGAUAGAAAGAGAGAGGAUGAAUAGAGAGUGUCUCACUCUGCCAAUCAGACAUUCCUCCUCCUCCGUGUUGGCACACUAAUUCACUACCACACAAAAUACUGUUCAACACACAAACAAACACACACAAACACACAACCUGUCCGUGCCUAAUUCAGUACCACACAAAAGACUGUUGAAUAGCUUCCUGACAGGACAAGACCAGACACAUGCACUUGCUGGAAUUAAAUCUUCCUGUGACAUUGACAGAAUAAAAUAAUGAGAAUGACAGACACCCAAAACUGAUUGUAAUUUAGUUGUAACUUCACCUGUUCUAUUCACCUGUUCAGUCUGAGAGAUGUGAUUAAACAUGUUCAAUUGUGAACUCAAUUGAUAUUGAGUCCAAUGUCACUGUCUCUGUGCCCAAAAGGGGCAUUAUUAUGACUUAUUUCAAAAGGGACCUUGUUGGUUUUAAUGUACUCUCAAUCUCAGUUAUGAUUUGAUUUCAUCCAAUAAGUCCAUACCUUUCUCUGUGCUUUUGUGAUGGGGGAUAUGUUGGUUAGGAAAUUUAAGUAAUUGAAAUAGCUAAAGGGAUACUCUCAGGUAGACAAAAAAAAUACAAAAUGUGAAAGAGACAGCCCCAUCGAUGUGGAUGGGGGCGUGUUCGUCCCUUCGUUUCCUGUAGUCCACGAUCAGCACCUUUGUCUUGCUGACAUUGAGGAAGAGGUUGUUGUCCUGGCACCACACUUCCAGGGCUCUGAUCUCCUCCCUAUAGGCUGCCUCAUCGUCGUCGGUGAUCAGUCCUACCACCGUUGUGCAGUCGUGGGUGAACAGGGAGUACAGGAGGGGACUAAGCACACACCCCUGAGCGGCACCCGUGUUGAUGGUCAGCGUGGCGUAUGUGUUGUUGCCUACCCUCACCACCUGGGGGGGGGGGGGGGGGGGGGGGCGUCAGGAAGUCCAGGAUCCAGUUGUAGAGGGAGGUGUUCAGUUCCAGGGUCUUGAGCUUGGUGAUGAGCUUGGAGGGGACUAUGGUGUUGAAUGCUCUAUGAACAGCAUUCUUACAUAGGUAUUCCUUUAGUCCAGGUGGGUGAGGGCAGUGUGGAGUGCAAUAGCAAUUGUGUCAUCUGUGGAUUUGUUGGGGCAGUAUGCGAAUUGGAGUAGGUCCAGGGUGAUGAUGGUGUUGAUUGGCGUUCUUGGGCACGGGGACUAUGGUGGUCUGCUUGAAACAAGUUGGUAUUUAAGACCAGGUCAGGGAUAGGUUGAAAAUGUCAGUGAAGACACUUGCCAGCUGGUCAGCGCAUGCUCUGAGUACACGUCCUGGUAUUAUGUCUGGCCCCGCAACCUUGCGAAUGUUAACCUGUUUAAAGAUCUUACUCACAUCGGCUACGAAGAGCGAGAUCACGCAGUCAUCUGGAACAGCUGGUGCUCUCAUGCAUGGUUCAAUGUUGCUUGCCUCGAAGCAAGCAUAGAAGGCAUUUAGCUCGUCUGGUAGGCUUGCGUCGCUGGGCAUAGUAAUACCUAUGUAACUACCGUUUGUAACUAUGUUGUUACUACAGUUAUUACUGUGUAGUUACAUAGUAAUAGGGGUAACUUAAUGUAACGUUUUACCAUCCGUGGUCAUAUCAAGGACCAUUCACCCCACCAUCCAUAGCCCAGGCAGCGAGUGUAGGUCAAGUGGGGUGUGUGUGUGUGUGUGUGAACGAGCAUGAGUGUGGUGUGCGGCGUGUGUGUCUGUCUUAGAGACAGAUACAUCUUCUCUGUGACAGUGAAGGUUAAUGAUAUGGGUGAAUGGUUCACUGGUCCUACUCCCUCACCUAACCUCCCCCACCCACCCUCUCUCUCUCUCUCUCUCUCUCUCUCUCUCUCUCUCUCUCUCUCUCUCUCUCUCUCUCUCUCUCUCUCUCUCUCUCUCUCUCUCUCUCUCUCUCUCUCGCUCCUUCUCUCCCUGUAGGAGUGCUGUGGCUGUGUAUCGUGGCAGAAUGUCUGUAUAUUCUCCUCCUGGCUACCGGAGGCAUGCUCAUGUCCAUAGAGGCGUGUCACUUAGGAAACGUCAUCGACGGCCUCAAACUCAACGCCUUCGCUGCCAUAUUCACUGUCCUUUCAGGUAACAACAAUGUUCAUGCUUUUUUUUGUUUGCACACGUGCAUGUGCUUCUUGCUAUUGAGUCAGUCCCUUUUCUCCCCUCCUCACUGUUAGGGUUAGGGUUAGAACAAUGUUUAGUUUGUUAGUUUGCGUCUCAACCUUUUGAUGCUGAUUGGGACAAUAGAAACCCUGCAGAUCAGCACUGUCUUCACACUGGCAGCUUUAGGCAGCUAAAAUAGCUCACUGCUAUCUAUGGGGCUGCAGACUGGGCUGGACUUGACAGUUACUCUUCCUAUGAGGCUGUUUCCACCCAAGGAGCAUUUGUCUUUUUAAGACGGCUGGUCUAGUUUUGUCUGGAUUAGUAUUGAUCUGGUCCUGGUGGAUGGAUGUUGGUUAUUAGAGGAGUUCACUUGCCUUCUGCAGACACAAGGCUUCAGUGUUCUGUUGGAUAAGUGAUGGUCUAGAGUAGACUCUAGACCCACCGAGCUGGUUUGUCUGCUCCUGGACUGUGCUCAAAUGCUCGAGUAGGCUUAAUCUGGAUCCGGAAAACAAGACAAUAAUGUCUGAGUGGAUGUUGGCUAUGCUAUCUGUCAUCCAAACCUCUUGGCAGUCUUGCGUCCAGGUAAUUUGCGGUCGUUUGGUUGGUAGGAAAGAACCAAGAGUGAGUAAUGAAAUGGUUUUAUGUCCCCCUUUAAUGGAAUGGAUGACCAAGCCACCUCAAGUCAACCACUGAUUAAACAGACAUUUAAAAACACAAUUAAACUGUUCGCAAAUAAAAACAGUCUCAUCUCAGGGGAGUUAUCCUGCCCUGCCUACAAACAACAAAAUUAAUCAAUAAAAGGGUUUACUGUUGUUCCUGUUUUUAAUGUGUUAAUAUAGUUUAUAGAGAGGCUUACACAGUUUACCUAGCUCAGCAUCUUGUUAUAAUGAUUUCCAGAAGAAUGCUAAAGGCCAGACCAGAGGCUAGAGAAACCAUUAUUAAACGUAUGUAUAAUGGGGGUGUAUGAAGAAAGAAAGAGGGAUACCUAGUCAGUUGUACAACUGAAAUGUGUCUUCCGCAUUUAACCCAACCCCUCUGAAUCAGAGAGGUGCGGGGGGCUGCCUUAAUCAACAUCCACGUCAUCGGCGCCCGGGGAACAGUGGGUUAACUGCCUUGCUCAGGGGCAGAACGACAUAUUUUUACCUUGUCAGCUCGGGGAUUCAAUCCAGCAACCUUUUGGUUACGGACCCAACGCUCCUACCCGCCAGCCUAGAGGGGGAGAGAGGGAGUAUGGAGGGAGAGAGAGGGGGGGAGGGGUAUGAAAGGAGAGAGAGGGGGGGAUAUGGAGGGAAAUCGUGAGGGAGAGCGGGAGAGAGCGAGAGAGAGAAAGAGAGAGGUCUUUGUUUUAGCACAAACAGCCCAUAUGGGUGAUUAACUUUAUACUUUACCAUUACCAAGAAGAGAACAAUUCCCCCAACCCUUCAGCUUGGUUCACCCACCACUGGGAAAUAAGCCUAGCUAAGUUUUAGGGAGGAAAUAUAAAGUUGUGUACUAGUAGAGGUGCUGCCUGAAGGAAGUUCUGAAUGUGAUUGAUGGAAGACACAUUGAGUAUGUUUACAUGCACACUAAUAAUGAGAUAUUCAACUGAUUAUGGCAGUAGGCCGAGUAUACAAUAGUCAUGUAAACACUUCCCAGCUAGCACAUUUGGUUCCUUGGAAGUUGUGAGAACAUAUGUUUUUGAUUUCACAUUGAUUGUGUGAACGAAGCCAUAUGUUUCCUGACCGGUAAAACUGAAUGUUUUUUAAACAUUCUGAAAACAAAAGUAAACAUUUCAAUAAGACUUUUAAAAACAAUGCUAGCUUAUUUUGGGUAAAAAAACAUUUAUUUCCCUAUAGGGUAAUCCCAGGGAGAAGGAUCACUCCAGCCCUGUGCCGCGGAGAUUAAAAGCUGUAGGCUAUAUUCUCCAUGCCAUUAGAGCAUGGCGUUUGCAACGCCAGGGUUGUGGGUUCGAUUCCCACGGGGGGCCAGUAUAAAAAAAAUAUGUAUUCACUAACUGUAAGUCGCUCUGGAUAAGAGCGUCUGCUAAAUGACUAAAAUGUAAAAAUGUAAAUGGGUCGACUGAGUGGGUGGAUAUCUGGACAGAACACAGGAGUUGAUCUCUUCAUUGGGUGACUGAUCUGUGCUUGGGAGAAAGAGAUAAAGAUUGGCAGAGAGACAGGGUUGCCAGCUCAUUUCCCGCCAGAUUUUUCCCAUCAGACCCAAGAUUUGAACUGGCAACCCUUUGGUUGCUGGCUUGCCUCUCUAACCGUUAGGCUACCUGCCACCUUGAUUGGCAAUGAUUGGCAGAGAGGGAGAGAGAUUGGAGGUUUUGGCAGAGAGAGGGGAAGAGAGCAGAAUUACAAUUGUAUGCAGCAUGACACCAAGUUAGCCAACAGGCCAGUUAAGUGGUCAUUCUGCCAAUCCUCUACACUGGCACAUCUCUGCUCUGCUUAACCAAGUGCUGUAAUCCCAUGGUUUCUAACUCUGGUCUAGGAGAGCUGCUACAGGGGGAGUAGGCUUUUGUUCCAGCCCAGCACUAACACACAUUAUUCGGCUAUCAACUCAUCAUCAAGGACUUUAGGAUUAGGAUUAGUGUAGCUGAAUCUGGUGUGUUUGUGCUGGGAUGGAAGAAAUGCCUGCACAUCCUGUAGCGCUCAAGGACUACUGUAGGUGCCAUUAUAGCUCAACAUUGUCACCCUGUGGUGAAAAAUGGAACUUCACACACUUCUCUCUAAUGCUCUAUUCUACAGCACUAGACUAGUUUACAUUUUACAUUUUAGUCAUUUAGCAGACGCUCUUAUCCAGAGCAACUUACAGUUAGUGAAUGCAUACGUUUUUUAUUUUUUAUUUUUUCAUACUGGCCCCCCGUGGGAAACGAACCCACAUCCCUGCCGGCCAAACCCUUGCCUGGACUCGAACCAGGAUCUCUAGUGGCACAGCUAGCACUGCGAUGCAGUGCCUUAGACCACUGCAUCGCAGUGCCACUCAGUUUUUCUCAAUCGCAUUCAAGCUAUUUUUGGAUCUGUGCUGAAACGUAUCUAUAGCAGAACAGCAAUGAUCAAAUGCUUAAAUACAUUUACAGAACUUCUGAUCAUUUUCUUGACUUUGUACCUUACUUGCAUAUCUUAGACCAUCUUUUGCUAAACUUGUCAUCAGUGAAUACAGUGUUCACCGAAUAUUAACACAUUGUUUUCAUCAGAAGAGAAAUGUGUGCAAUUGUGUUCACUAUUUCUGGCAAUCAGUAAAUACUACUACACACAAUUCUAAAUCACCCCAUCAGUUUCAUACCAUGUAAAAUAUAGGGACAUUUCUAUGGAUAUGGGGACUGUCAAAAUGUUUUUUUUUUUUUUUUUUUUUUUUUUUUUUUUUUACAUAUUGCAGACAUGCAGAUAUUCAGAGAAUUAAGUUUUGGUUAUUUCUAAGUAACUUUGGGUUACUCCUAAGUCAUCAUCUCCAAUGUUGUGAUCUUCCAUUUUAGAGCUUUGCUUUGGUGUGGAAUGAGGCCUAUACUGUACAUUCAUAUCAGUUGUGUUCCUCCAUUUUGUAUUCACCUUUCCUUAUUUCUAUUGUGGAUUGUGUUUCUUUCUGUUUUGUCUGCUUGGACUGAAGAGAUAAGUAUGGUUGCGUUAAUCUUUUUGCAGGCAGUCGUGUUCUUUUUAUGAAUGUAUUAGCAAUUUUUACAUUAUAAUAUAGUUUAUAUUAAUGUAUUUAUGUUUUGAGAAGGCAACUACAUUUUGAAAACGCAUUUACAGAGUUCUGUGUCUUGUGGACUCUGUUUUGAAAAUCAACAACAUUGUUCCAAAAAAUGCAUGUAAGUGAUUGAGAAAAACUUUUUUACUUGACUUUCCAGGUCUACUCGGCAUGGUGGCCCACAUGAUGUUUACCACAGCCUUCCAGCUGACAGUCAGUGUGGGGCCAGAGGACUGGAAGCCUCAGACAUGGGACUACAGCUGGUCAUACAUGUAAGCACACACACAGAAACGUCUAAAAAUCACUUUAAUAAUAUGUCAUUUUGAGUUUUUUUUUAAAUCUCCCUCUUUACCAGUCCACUUCUCCUACACACAUGCCAAUAAAGAUGUGACUUUGACUUGUAAAUGUUUAUUUUUUCAUUCAUAAUUCUGUUUAUCCAUCAUCUCCAUGUUAUUUUCUCUCACUCUCUCUCACUCUCACUCUCUCUAGCCUGGCGUGGAGCUCGUUUACAGCCUGCAUGGCCUCCUCGGUAACCAUCAUCAACCGCUACACCAAGACCAUCCUGGAGUUCAAACACAAGCGCAGAAACAUCGAGAAGAACCUGAAGAUCAAGCAGAAGCUUCUGGAGCUGGACUCUGGACCAGGGGUUGGGGUGGGACAAGUUGGACAUGUGGAACAG